AGAAAGGGCGCUCCGGCCGUGGAGAGGGAGAGUGGUGUAGCGCACAUGGUCCGCGCGCGCUGCCGUUCGCCGGCGCAUUUCGGCUUACGCGCUCCAUUCGGAUGACCGCCUGAAAACAGCUGAGCAGCGACAGUGCGCGGUGAGUCUUCGUCCUCGGUGGCAGUGCGUCCGGCACGUCUACGAAGGAUAUUAAUAUACACGGCUGUGCCUCGGCGUUGACUGCUGCUUUCGAUGCUCGCCACAGCGCGCGCAGCGGAAGCACACGAUAAAGCCUGAGGUUGCAGCGCUCGCAAGACUCCGUCACGGGUUUCGUAAAGACCCAUCGAGCGACUUCUCCGAAGUGCAGGUGCGUCCACCGGGGAGCCAUGAGGCGGUCGUCCUUGCUGGCGUUGGUGACCCUUCUGGUUCAGGUGGCGUCCCAGGGAAGCCCGCGGCGCGCGCGCCAGGGAAGCAGCGCUACGACGCCGCCGGCGGCGGACCAGGCGUCGCUGCUGCCGUCGUCGUCGCCUCAGGGUCUGGCGCAGGUCUCCAAGGUGGCCGUGCGCUGCACCAAGAAGGCGAUGGAGGUGCGCGUCGAGUUCGGUGCGCCCUUCGCGGGCGUCGUCUAUUCCAAGGGCCACUUCGAGCAGCCCGAGUGCCGGCACGUGCAGGCGGAUGCGGCGCCCGGCAACGCCUUCGAGUUCGUUAUCCGCGCGGACCGCUGCGGCUCGUCCAAGGUCGAGCGUAAGGGCAAGGACGGGGAGUCCUACAUCGAGAACACCAUCGUGGUUCAGAAUGAGCCCAGGAUUCAGGAAUGGUCGGACUCGGCGCGGCGCCUGCGCUGCUCGUGGGACACGAACAUCGACCGGACGGUGAGCUCGUCAAUCAGCGUGAACCAGCUGGAGGUGCAGCAAGCGCGCUACGCGGGCUCGUCGGCCGCCGACUCGUACAUGGACGUGCAGCUGGGCCGGGGCCCCUUCUCGCCGCCCGUCACGGGCCUGGUGCGCAUCGGCGAUACGCUCACGCUGGUCGUGUACACGCUGGGCGCCGACCUCGACGUGCUCGUCAAGGACUGCCUGGCACACGACGGCGACCCGCGCCGCGCCGUCCAGCUAACGGACGCGCGAGGCUGCGUCGCCAAGCCCAAGCUGCUGGGGCCCUGGCAGAAGACGCGCAACACGGGAGCCACCGGCGCCAGCACCAUUGCCUUCGCGUACCUCAAGGCGUUCAAGUUUCCCGACAAGGUGGAGGUGUACCUGGAGUGCAACAUAGAGAUGUGCCGACGCAAGUGCGCGGAGCCGUGCACCAAGUCCAAGCGCAGCCGGCGUCAGCUGGUCAACGAGUCGCAGCACGUGGUGGAGCCGGCGCGCGUGGCGCGCGGCAUUCGCGUCGUGGCGCCCGAAGACUUGGACCCGCUGCAGCCGGCGGCGCCCGGCUGGCCCUCCCGGGCGCCCUCCACGGGCGACGUCUGCCUCUCGCUGCCUGGAUUCGUGACCGCGCUGUCGGCCGUGCUCGCCAUCUUGCUCAGUUCGUGCGUCCUCUCGGCGCUGCUCUUCCUGCGCGUGCGCCAGCUCACCUCCGACCACGCGCCCAGCGGUGGUGGCAAAUCCAAGAGCGUUCCGCCGCCGGAGUUUGUGCGCAAGGUGCGCCGCGUUCCUUAGCAAACGACUACAGCUGGCGGCACGAGAUCCGCCGAAAGGCCACCGAACAUGCGCGCCAAGUGCUUCCCCGAUUUUGAAACCCGGUCCGCAGCGACCACGCCUUCCUGCUGGAAGCACAAGCCGAUGUCACAUUUUUUUUUUUUUUUUUUUUUCCCCUUUCUCCGAGAUGGGCAUUUCCGAAGGACUCUGGAGGACCAAUGAGCCGCCGACGCUGGACGACCGGACCAGAAGCCGAGCAGAGAUCGCGCUCCCUGCUGCCAUGCGAAGACCGGUUUUUCGCGGGAUAACGGUGGUGUACUUACGUGACACGCUGGUUCGUCCACACGACCGUUGUAAUUAAAGCCAAAAAGUGAACAAA